AUGAAUUACUUUCGGAGGUCUGCUAGAUCAUUUUCGGAUGGUCCGCCGCUCAUUUGUCAGGGGGUGAGGAUUUUCCCCAUUCCCAGACAACCAGCUGAGAAAGAUGGCAAACUGAUGGAUCCUCCUGUCCCAAAUGGAAAGCCCGACCAAAAGUUGCCAUCUCUUCCGACGACCAACAGAGGUCGCAGUGUCCCAAAGGCUCAAUUUGACCGUAAGCGCAUGCGUGCGCCCCCUACCGGGCCUUCAGUAACCGGUCUGGAUGACUCCGAGGAGUCUCUUCCACUCUUGGAUUGCAUCCCACCGUCCAACAAUAUAAAAAAGCCUGAGCAAAAGGAUUUCACAGGCACUUUGAUAUCACACACGAGGGUCAUCAAAGGGGAAAAGAUUCAAUAUGAAUCAUUUCUUUCCCAUGUGCCCCCUGCUGGAUUUUCACUUACAGGUGCUUCUGAAGUGUCUCUUCCACUCUUGGAUUGCUUUCCACCGUCCAACAAUAUAAGAAAGCCUGAGCAGAAGUUGAUAUCACACACAAAGGUCAACAGAGGUGAAAAGAUUCAACAUGAACCUUUUCUUACCCGUGUGCCCCCUGCUGGAUCUUCACCUAUAGGUGCCUCUAAAAUGUCUCUUCCACGCUUGAGUUGCUUCCCACCAUCCAACAAUAUAAGAAGAAAGCCAGAGCAAAAUUUGACAUCACAUAGGAUGGUAACCAAAGGGGAAAAGAUUCAACAUGAACCUUUUCUUACCCGUGUGCCCCCUGCUGGAUCUUCACUUAUAGGUGCCUCUAAAAUGUCUCUUCCACUUCUGGGAAAGUUCACGCCCUCCAGACCUUUGCAACCUCGUCCACCCAUGUCAAUGAAGAGGACUUUCAGUACUGAACAUUCAGGCAAACACCUCGAUCUCCUGGUAAAGAACAGCACUGGACUCCCCAGACUGAACCCAAAAUGGAGGAUCUGA